AUGGCUUUCCCAAAUGAGAAAUGGAUUCUAUUGCGGGAGUUUAAUACCCCAUUAUCUAGUAUGGAAAAGGCUAGUGGGAUGCCUAUUUCAGAUGAAAGUAGGCAGGACUUGGCGGAUAUGAUUAAUUCUCUGGGUUUGUUAGACCUUGAUCUCCUUGGGGAUAAAUUCACUUGGUUCAAUAGAAGAAGUGGGGGGGACCUCAUCCAAGUCAGACUAGAUAGAGCUAUUAUUUCUCCUGAGUGGAUUCAUGAUGCUUCUUGUAGAUUAAAUGUGUUAUCCAGAAUUGGAUUGGAUCAUUUCCCAAUUUGUCUGAGUAUAUCCCCUUUGAUCAAGAGGAAGGUCUUCCCCUUCAAGUUUGAGAAGAUGUGGCUUUUAGCUCCAGAUAUUCAUGACAAUAUUUCUAAAUGGUGGAAUGUUGACAUUCAGGGAACUGCAAUGUUUAGAGUGGCGAAGAAACUAUCCAAUGUCAAGUCCAAUAUCCAACUCUGGAAUAAAUCAUCCUUCAGCAAUAUUUUUCAGAUAAAAGAGAAGCUCAAGAAAGAUUUCGAUGAUGUCCAGUCUCAGAUUCAAGAUGUGGGGUAUGAUCCUAUAGUUAUGGACAAAGAAGUUGAAUUGUUUACCAAGAUUCAUGAUAUCAUCUCUAAGGAGGAGGAAAUCUAG